AUGUCCCUCCUGAUCGAGUGGAUUAGAUCUCUACCAGACGAGCAUCGUGGGCGAGUCCAGUGUAUCCACCUCGACGUCAAGCCGGAACGUUGUGCUGGCCCUGAGGAGGCAUACGACGGAGCACAGCUAGCACAAGAUAGGGCGUCAAGUGUGCUUGAGUACUGCCUUCCACGGAGGGUACCUAACGGGGUUCUUUCCAUCAAUGCUUGGACGCUGGCCGCGGAUGGUCAAUGGAGGAUGGUCUGGCUUCCUACGCAGAUGCCACUAGACGACAUGUGGCAGGUCUUCAUCGGCACGGAUUCGCAUACGGACCUGGACGAGAAGCAGCGAUCCUAG